UCCCCCGUUUUGCACCUCAUUCUAUGCCUAUAAAUUGCAACUCCGCAUAAUCCCAUUCGACACACCUUGAGACGAACAUAAACACAUUAAGAAAAGAAUAGUGAGAGCUCGGAAGAAACAAUGGAGAUUACUUUCCCUGUUAUUGAUUUCUCCAAACUCAAUGGUGAGGAGAGAGGAGCCACCAUGGACAUAAUGAAAGAUGCCUGUGAGAAUUGGGGUUUCUUUGAGCUGAUGAACCAUGGAAUAUCUCUUGAGUUGAUGGAUACUGUGGAGAGGCUGACUAAGGAGCACUACAGAAAGUGCAUGGAGCAAAGGUUCAAAGAAAUGGUGGCCAGUAAGGGUCUUGAGGCUGUUCAAUCUGAGAUCAAUGACUUGGAUUGGGAAAGCACCUUCUUCUUACGCCACUUACCUGAAUCAAACAUAUCCGAAAUUCCUGAUCUUGAAGAAGAUUACAGAAAGGUGAUGAAGGAAUUUGCAGUGAAGUUGGAGAAGCUGGCAGAGCAACUUUUAGACUUGUUGUGUGAGAAUCUGGGGUUGGAAAAGGGGUACCUGAAAAAAGUCUUUCACGGGUCCAAAGGGCCAACCUUUGGGACCAAGGUCAGCAACUACCCUCCAUGCCCCAAACCAGACUUAAUCAAGGGCCUCAGGGCUCACACUGACGCUGGAGGAAUCAUCUUAUUGUUCCAAGAUGACAAGGUCAGCGGCCUUCAGCUCCUCAAGGAUGACCAGUGGAUCGAUGUUCCUCCAAUGAAACACUUCAUCGUGAUCAACCUUGGUGACCAACUUGAGGUGAUCACCAAUGGCAAGUAUAAGAGUGUGAUGCACCGUGUGAUCGCUCAAACAGAUGGUACCAGAAUGUCUAUUGCUUCCUUUUACAAUCCGGGUAGUGAUGCUGUUAUAUAUCCAGCACCAGCUUUGCUAGAGAAAGAAGCUGAGAAAUCCCAAGUGUACCCCAAAUUUGUGUUCGAGGACUACAUGAAGCUCUAUGCUGGUCUCAAGUUCCAGUCCAAGGAGCCAAGGUUCGAAGCCAUGAGGACCAUGGAGUCCACGGUAAACUUGGAUCCUAUUGCAACUGUUUGAGUCCUGAUGGGAAAUGGGCUUAGUAGUGUGUUUCUGUUAAUAAGUUUAUUAGUCUGCUGACGGAUCAAUUCUGUUAUAGUUCUGAAAUUAGUGAGUCUAUUGAUAUCCAGGAGUAAAAGUUCCUCUGUUAUAUAUGAAGCCUAUUGCGCAGUGGCUGUGCUUUUAAUAAGAUGUUUCUGUUUUAGAAAGUGACCAAAUAAUGUGAUAUGAAAUUGUCCUUAAGAUUCUGUUUUGGCUUCAUUAGGCUUUAAUAACACUUUGUCUCAAUUCUGUCUUCCUGUUUUAACUACUUUGUGCUGUUGGGUUGGGUUCUCCUUUGAACGCAACAAUUUGCUGUUCCCCAUUUCCUGAUGGUUAAUGUAGUGAUUAUAUGGGAGAAAGAAAAACAUUGCUUCUAUCAGAUUUCCAGCACUUAAAUAACCCUGUUUCGAGAAGGUGGGGAACGAAUUAAAAGAAGAAAGCUGAGUUGACCAUAGCUAAGAGCUCUUUAUGAGCAAAUUCUGUCAAGCAAAAAGCACAUAUAUCAUCUCUCCACUUUUAGCGGGAAAAAGAAGGAUGAUCUGACGGUGUUCCUAUAAAUGCUGAAGAAAAAGAUCGUUAGAGUCAAAGGUAGAGAGUAUUUUCUGUUCUUGUACUCGACGUGAAAGUCAAUAAAAAUCAAGUUAAA